AUGGCGGUUGCUUUCAGGCAGCAGAAAUGGAAAAGCUCUGUCUCCAUACAAGCAAAAAUGCCUCCUUGCGAUUUUGUACCUGAAAAAUAUGAAUCCUAUCCAUAUGAACGUAUGCAGAAGAUUCGUGAACAAAAUGUUUCUCCAUCACUGCGAUUGUAUUACAAGAAGCCGUUGUUGCUGCAUCAAGGAUAUAUGCAGUGGUUGUUUGAUUAUGAAGGACAAAGAUACCUUGAUCUCUUUGCUGGAAUUGUCACUGUCAGUGUUGGUCACUGUCACCCGAAGGUAACUAUGGCUACCCAGAAACAGCUCUCUCGCCUGUGGCAUACCACUAAUAUCUACAUGCAUCCGUCAAUCCACGAGUAUGCUGAAAAGCUAGCAUCUCUUCUUCCAGAUCCACUUAAGGUGGUUUAUCUAACCAACAGUGGGUCAGAAGCCAACGAUUUGGCUAUGUUAAUGGCAAGGCUAUAUACUCGUAACUUCGACAUCAUCGGUUUGAGAGGAGGAUACCAUGGAGGCAGUGCUUGCACGAUGGGAUUGUCAUCUAUUGGUCUUUAUAAGCAUGGUGUUGCCAAUGGCCUUGGCUGUCCAACAACAAUGUUACCAGAUGUUUUUCGUGGCCCAUGGGGAGGCAGCAAUUGUAGAGAUUCUCCAGUGCAAACUGUUCGGAAAUGCAGCUGUUCUAAAGGUGUAUGUCAUGCAAAUGACCAGUACCUUGAACAGCUCAAAGAUACUCUGAGUACCACGGUGCCAAAGACAGUAGCUGGAUUUAUUGCUGAACCAAUUCAAGGUGUUAAUGGAGCUAUUCAGUACCCAAGAGGUUUCUUAAAGAAAGCUUAUCAGCUUAUUCGGGAAAGAGGAGGCGUUUGUAUUUCAGAUGAAGUACAGACAGGAUUUGGACGGAUGGGCAGCCAUUUCUGGGGAUUUCAAACACAUGAUGUAGUCCCUGAUAUUGUUACUUUGGCAAAAGGAAUUGGUAAUGGUUUCCCAAUGGCAGCUGUUGUUACAACAAAAGAGAUUGCAAGUUCCUUGGCUCAAAACCUUCACUUUAAUACAUUUGGAGGAAACCCUUUGGCCUGCGCAGUUGGAUCUGCAGUUCUUGAUGCAAUUGAAGAAGAUGGUCUACAAAAAAACAGUGAGGAUGUGGGAACAUAUAUGCUACUGGAGCUGGCUAAACUGCGGGAUAAAUUCGAGAUUGUUGGAGAUGUCCGUGGCAAGGGACUUAUGAUUGGAGUAGAAAUGGUGACGGAUAAG